GCCGGGGCGGUUCUGGGCGUCUGCUACCGGGGGCGCCCGUGUUGCCGGAGCCGCCCGCCCUCCGCCGCCUGCCGGCCGAUCUGCCCACCCUCCCUGCCUUCCUGGGAACUCCCCGACCGUCGCCGCAGGCCCUGGACUUGCUUUCUCCGCCCUCAUUCCCACCCGAGCUAGGGCAGCGGCGGCGGCGGCGGCAGCGGGGGCGGCAGAGAACAGCGCGGGAGGAGGCAGCUGCGGCGGGGCCGUGCCAUGAUCUUGAUUCAUCCUUUUAAAGGGGUUUAGAGUGGCAGCGUGACACACAAAGCAUUCUUCAAUAUGAAAUGUUAGAAGUUAUCCCCAGGAGACCCAGUGUCCCCUUGUCCUGCAGUUUUCAGUUCAAGAAUCCUAAUGCACCUGGCUAACUGGUGGUGAGCAGGGGCUUUGGGGCCAACUUGGUGGGCUCCCCAAGGAAACCCCUUUGAAACCAAUGGAUGCAUUCACGGGCUCGGGUCUCAAGAGGAAGUUUGACGAUGUGGAUGUGGGCUCAUCAGUUCCCAACUCAGACGAUGAGAUCUCCAGUAGUGACAGUGCUGACAGCUGCGACAGCCUCAACCCUCCUACAACAGCCAGCUUCGCACCUACAUCCAUCCUGAAGCGGCAGAAGCAGCUGCGGAGGAAGAAUGUGCGCUUUGACCAGGUGACUGUGUACUACUUUGCCCGGCGCCAGGGUUUCACCAGUGUGCCCAGCCAGGGUGGCAGCUCUCUGGGCAUGGCCCAGCGCCAUAACUCUGUACGCAGCUACACACUCUGUGAGUUUGCUCAGGAGCAAGAGGUGAACCACCGGGAGAUUCUUCGUGAGCACCUGAAGGAGGAGAAGCUCCAUGCCAAGAAGAUGAAGCUGACCAAGAAUGGGACAGUGGAGUCAGUGGAGGCUGAUGGCCUGACACUGGAUGAUGUUUCAGAUGAAGAUAUUGAUGUAGAAAACGUGGAGGUGGACGAUUACUUCUUCCUGCAGCCUCUGCCCACCAAACGGCGACGGGCCCUGUUGAGGGCUUCUGGGGUCCACCGCAUUGAUGCUGAAGAGAAGCAAGAACUUCGAGCCAUCCGCCUGUCACGGGAAGAGUGUGGUUGUGACUGUCGGCUGUACUGUGACCCAGAAGCAUGUGCCUGUAGCCAGGCUGGGAUUAAAUGCCAGGUGGAUCGCAUGUCCUUUCCAUGCGGCUGCUCCCGGGAUGGCUGUGGGAACAUGGCUGGACGCAUUGAAUUUAAUCCAAUUCGGGUCCGGACUCAUUACCUCCACACCAUCAUGAAACUGGAGCUGGAGAGCAAGCGGCAAGUGAGCCGCCCACCAGCCCCAGAUGAGGAGCCCUCGCUCACUGCCAGUUGCAGCCUGCCAGGAGCCCAGGGCUCUGAGACACAGGACUUCCAGGAGUUCAUUGCUGAGAAUGAGACAGCAGUGAUGCACCUGCAGAGUGCAGAGGAGCUGGAGCGGCUCAAGGCGGAGGAAGACUCCAGUGGCUCCAGCGCCAGCCUGGACUCCAGCAUAGAGAGCCUGGGUGUGUGCAUCCUGGAGGAGCCGCUGGCUGUUCCUGAAGAGCUGUGCCCAGGCCUUACAGCACCCAUUCUCAUCCAGGCCCAGCUGCCCCCAGGCUCCUCCGUGCUCUGUUUUGCCGAGAACUCGGACCACCCAACUGCCUCAGCAGUGAACAGCCCAUCCUACUUGAACAGUGGGCCCCUGGUCUAUUAUCAGGUGGAGCAGAGACCAGUCGUUGGGGUGAAAGGAGAGCCUAGCACAGAAGAAGGCCCACCCACCUUCCCCAAGGAGAAGGAGCUGAAUGUCUUCUCUCUCCCUGUUACCUCACUGGUGGCUUGCAGCCCCGCAGACCCAGCUGCCCUCUGUAAAUCAGAGGUGGGGAAAACAGCCACUCUAGAAGCGCUAGUGCCCGAAGACUAUAACCCUGAGGAGCCUGCGAAUGAAAACUUACGCCCCUCUUGGUCCCCCUCGAACCUCCCCUUCCGCACGGACAAUGAAGAGGGCUGUGGGGUGGAGGAGACUUCACAGCAGAGCGAGGACCGGCCCCCUGAAGAGUCUCCCCUGGAGCUCCCGCUGGCAGUGUGACACAGGGUUGGAGAUUCUGCCUCUUACCCACUCUCUAUUUAUUCCCUUAUUUUAUCUAAUGCCAUUUCAAAACAGAACUGUAGAAGCAGCUGCUACUCCCUUGUUAUUUUAUUGGGGUCUUUGGGGAAUGGGUGGGAAAGGAUUGUUUGUACAAGUAUUUUCUAAAGGGUAAACAGAACCAAGGAGGCUGCAUAGUGCUGAAUACUGAGCUUUUUGGGCCAUUGGAACAAAGAACUAGGAACUCACAGGAGAAACUGGGUAAUUCAAGCAGCUUUCUUUAUGUAGGGACCAGAACACAAUAAUUUGAACAACAUGGCGAAGCCACUUCUCCUGUCCUGAGCUCCAGGUGGGAUACAAGCUCAUUUUUCUCAAGUGGUUACUCGGAUAGCCCACUUUGGUGUAUCAUAAUACAGCAGGACGUGUCACCUGGUUAAAUCUAGAGAGGAGGGGGUAGAAGGGUCUCUGCUUCCGUAUAACACCUCCAGGAUUUACAAAAAUUUAACCUUUCUUCCCUGGCCCCCUAUUUGGUAAAUAAGUUGAUAUUUGACGUGUUUGCUGUUCUCUGACCUGUUCCCCACACUGGGGAUUCCUGGUCUGUAACUUGAAUUCUUUCACAUGUUCUUAGGUACUAGAGUUUAACAUGUCUGUCUUUUUCCCCUCCUUUUUCCUUUGAAGAAAAGCAAGUUGGGGAUUUGGUGUAAAGAGCCUGCUGCGUCUUCUGUGUGUGUCCAGCAUUAGCUCUGUCAAUCAGCUUUUCACCCAGGUUUUCUUUUCCCCAUUUUGGAAGAUUUGAGCUUUAUAAAGGAAUGUAGGAUGUGGCAACCUAAAGUCACUAACUGGUUUAUGUUCUUUUUCUGUGGCUUCCCUCGUGAUCCUUCUUGGAUAUACAGGUUAGAGAGUUCUUAUACUAUUCCAUUUCAUCCCCACGAACUGCAAAUGCUCAUCUUGCAUCUUGAUACAUAAAAAUCGGAAGCCACACCAAUUCUUAAGUGCUACAUACAACUCCUGGGUUCCAAAGAAUUUGAGUUCUGAUUAUAACCUUUGAGGUCUAUAGAGUGGGAUUCAAAUUCAGUUCUUACCUCUUAACGGGGGAUAUGGUUCCUGUUCCUCAAAUGUCCAGCUUAUGUUCCAGGAUGUGCUCCUCUGAACACUUUAUUAGCACAGUUAUCUUUGCCUCUGUUUUAAAAUGGAGACAGUAGGGAGCAAAACACUCUUCUCUAGCAUCCUUUAUACCAUGCUUCACUUCUGCUGCGGUUUAUUACCCAGGAAAGAAAAAGUGAGAAACUGUUUUUUUUUUUUUUGUGGGAUAGAGAAUUGUUCCUAUUUACCUUUAUCUGUGGGAUGUUAAGGCCCUGGUGUCUUAAAGCAACCUUCAUAUAUGUUGCAGCAGCAUUUUACCUAUAAAAUCUCUAAACUGAGCCUGAAAGGCUACCUUAUAUUUAACACACAUACACCCUUUAACACAUUCUGUCUCUCCUGUUCACUUGUUUUUGCUUGGUUUUACAUUUGAAGCAGAGUUCUUAAUUAAGUACAUAGGUCCUCAUCUGUCCCCAUCUUCUAAUCACACUAAACACUUGAGAGUCUUAAAUACUGGAGAUCUAGAUGUUAUCCCAAACUGAGCUAUAUUCCCUCUCCUUGGGCUGGUUCCCUCAAAUACAAGAUUAAAGCUUCAUUGGAAUUUGACUCUAUAGAGAAGGAUUUUUCUGAAAAUUGGUAUUGGAAUGGGAGGCUCUACAUAUACCCUCCUUAGGAAAGGUACAGUCUAAUCUAGGAAGUGGAUUCCAGUUGCUCAACAAGAGACAUUGGGAUCAAACCAAGAAUUUGAAUCUAAAUAUUAAGCUCAUUGCCAAUCCCCAAUAUUUGAUUUUUCCAAAAAACUAGUUUCUUAAUCUAAGUUCCUCCCUUCAUUAACUCUAUAAUUCUCACACUGAUCCCAAUGCUAAAUAUUAAUAUUAAUAUUUAGCAUUAACUGUCUUGUCAAGCAAAGGGCCUUCUCUACAACCUAGUCCAUCUCGUUUCUGGUGCUACCUGAGUUGGACAGAAUUAUAGCUCAUUGUUGCUCAAAAAGCUAGGCCUUGAUCACAGAAGCAGACAGCUUCAGUCCUGCUCACUCUAGGCCUAGAUAAAAGAAAUGACUUGUUAUUUUCCAAUUUUUUUCUCACAUACUAUACACAGGUAGUAUUUUCAAUGUGAAUCCAAAGCUUGUUCGGUUCUCUGAAAACUUUUUUUUCCCCCCUUUUAGGUCCUUUACAUUGUGAUAAUGCUGUAUUUAAAAAGAAUAUUUAAAUGUAAUAUUAAAGAAAUAUUCAAAGAAUGGUGUGUUAUUCUUUAUCUUGGCAGGCCACAAUUCAGUUACUUGUUAGAUAAAAGGAUGCUUCUCCAGCACUGUAUAUAAAACUAAUUAGGUCAGUUAGGGAUUAAUGUUAACAAUGGAAAUGUUCUAUGGUAGAAAAAUAGAACAUUCUCUUUGGAGUGUCAAGAC